UCACUACAGUGUUGACAAACUGUCAGAAGUUCGUCGUUUCCGGUUCUUUUAUCGUUUUAUUUCGCCGUUUUAAAUCCGGUAACCGCGUCGCUUUGUCUCAUCUUUAACAGCUUUAUUGCCGCUGCGGUUUCAUUUUAACAGAAAUCUCAGUGAGCAGCUUUUAUCUCUGUUAGGUCUGUUAGCCGGGUUAGCUGUGUUAGCCAGCAGGCUAACGGCUAACAGAUUUAGCAUUAUGUUGUGUUUCCUGUCGGAGGUUCUGAGUUUGUUCCUGUUUGUUUUGGCUGCAGCUGAAAGUGAACACGAUGUCACUACAGUGGUCGUAUCUGAAUUUAGCGACGCCGUCUUACCCUGUUCCCUGAGCACCAAGGAGAACCUCCAAGGGAAGCAUUUCAACUGGACUAAAGACUACAAUGUGGAGGUUUUCUUUUACAACGCCAGCGUUUAUCCCCACAACAGUCAUCCUGGUUUUGAGAAGCCGCUCAAAGAACGGGUGUUCCAUUUUCCAGAACAGCUCACGUUGGGUAACGCCUCCAUAAGGAUCGAAUUCGUGAAGCUUGAAGAUGCCGGAAACUACACCUGCGUUAUUUCACGUCUUCAAGUGAAGGAAGAAAGAUCCACCAUCAGGCUGGUGGUUGAACCAAUCCUCAGAGAUCGAUCUCGAGAAGUCCCAGGUGCUCUCGUCAAGCCGUUUGCCAGGAUCCUUGACUCCAGCGUGGACGGGGUUCUGCUGAGGUGUGAGGUUCACGGUGCCGUGAUCAAACCGACAGUACGGUGGCUGGAUGGCAAUGGAAACAUCCUGCCUACGAUGGAGCCAACUGUCGAUGAAAGAGGAGGACGCUAUUUCGUUUACCUCCUAAUCGCCGUGCAGAAGACCUACGACGACUACUACCGCUGUGAGGCCACACAGGAGGAGAUCAACCACAGGGUUUACGAUGAUGUCUCGGUUCCAGAACAGAUGUUUGAGUCCUGUCCAGGUGUCUUCGUCUGGAUCGCUGUGUGGUUCUCUGGAGUUUUGAGUCUCGCUGCAGUUCUCAGUGUGGUCGCUUGUACAAAGUGCAUCGUUAAACGUGUCAGAAAAGGUUCCCGUUGGCCGAUUACAGAUUGGUCGUUUGAACCGGAGCUGAAACUUUAGCCUGACAUGUUCGGGAGACAAAUUAAGGGAAAUGUGAAGCGUGUUGGCAAAGUGUUGGGUCACCAGAACAGCUUCAGCUCUCUGUAGCGUUAAUUCUUCUAGACUCUGAACUCUACUGGAGAGAAGAACACCAUCAUUACACAAGAUAUUCCCCCCUUUGGUGUUUUUGUGAUGAUAGUGGAGGCUCUGUCUAACAAAAAUCUUCCAGUUUUCUGGAAAGAUGACUUACCUUCAAGAAUAAUUUUAUCUUUAAGAGGAGCUUUUGUUGUCGUUUGUUAAACUGGAGAUUUGUGCUUGUUGUGUGUCAGUACUUUGCACUUUUACACUAGUUACCUUUUGAAUGUUUACACUGUGAGCUCACACUACUGCCUUUUAUGUCUGAUUAAAGACUAUCAUUGCGCCCCUUGUGGCUCGGAGGUCAAAAUUCACUUUCAGUGUUUCUCACAAAGACACUGUUUGUUUGCUGGAGUUCUUACAAUUUUUUUUAUAUUAUAAUGUUCUGUUUGAAUUCUAAAGUCAAAUGAGCUAAAGUUCUUUUGUUUUAUACAACGGCUUGGCUCAGUGGGUAGAGUGGUCGUCCUGCAACCAAAGGGUUGCCGGUUCGAUCCUCGGCCCGUCGUGUUCAUGUCGAGGUGUCCCUGAGCAAGACACCGAACUCCUAAUUGCUCCUGGUGGGUUGUGGUUAGCGCCUUGCAUGGCAGCUCCCACCAUCAAUGGGUGAAUGUGACGUAUCAUGUAAAAGCGCUUUGGGUACCUUGCAGUUAUAGUAAAGCGCUAUAUAAAUACAGACCAUUUAUACGGUUUUCCGAUC